GAUUAUAUUAAUCAACGGCCAUUAGUGCAACAAAAUGGUGCCAGCGAAAUGCAGAAUGUACCCAAUAUGAAUAUCCCCUAUAUCAAUAACUGGCAACAACCCACUCAGCAUUACUUUGUACAAAGCCCAUUCUUAAUAAAUAUGCAACAUGUAUCUAUGGCAGCCAAUACCCAACUACCCCAACUAUAUCCUACUCAAGGAGCACAAGUAACCCCAGUUCAGGGAGUACAUAAUUACCCAAUUCAGAGAGUACAAGGGUACUUGGCUCAGGAGCCACACAUCUGGAAACCCAACAUUCAAGUC